GCGGGCAACAGAUUCUCUGCGUCUUGACUCUGAUCUCAUGGUCUCCUCUGUUUAAACCCAGAAUUAGGGCUAACGAAAUUAGGAAAUUAGGGACAUAUGUUUCAAGAAUUUGGCCAAUUUCUCUCUUUUGAAACAGUUGCCGAUGGAUUUCCAAAAGAAAAGAUCUCAGCUUUUGUUCUUCGUCGCUGGAGUCAUCAUCCUCAGUAUCACAGCUGAAAAAUGCAGGCAACUGGUUGGGGAGGAGGCAUCAUCCCAAAGUGGGAAAUUUACUAUAUUAAAUUGCUUUGAUAUGGGCUCUGGUUCCGUGGCUUGUGCAGUGAAGGAGGGUGUGAAGCUUUAUUUCUACAACAUUAGAUCCGCUCAUGUUGAGAGAGCAAGGAAUGUUGCAAUUGAGAUGGCAAUAGAGGAUGCGGUCUCACAAGGAAUGUCUGCUAAAGAUGCGGCUAAACUAGCCCAAAUAGAAGGGAAAAAGGCGGCGAAGUUGGCAACACGACAAGCCAAGCGCAUUAUAGGUCCUAUUAUUUCCUCUGGAUGGGAUUUUUUUGAAGCUAUAUACUAUGGUGGUACUAUUGCCGAGGGAUUUCUGAGGGGUACUGGAACAUUAUUUGGUGCCUAUGGUGGGGGUUUUCUCGGUGAGCAAAGGCUCGGGAGGGUUGGUUAUCUUGUGGGAAGUCAUUUGGGGAGUUGGGUUGGAGGUAGGAUUGGUUUGAUGGUUUAUGAUGUGGUUAAUGGAGUACAUUACUUGCUUCAAUUUGUUCAAAUGGAAGAAAGCGAAAAUCAUGAGGCUCCGAUUUAUGAAAAAUCGGAAGUUUCUGAGGAUUCCUAUGCUUACGAAAAUUCAGAUAUCUAUGAAUCUCCACCUGAUGAGAGCUCUGAAUCACAAGAAAGCUCUAGCUUCUGGUGAAUAUAUACUGAGUUCAUUUUGUUGUUAUUUUUUAAUUAAGAUGAAUGCAGAUUCAAUAUAAACUGAAGUUUAGUCGCCCAAAUUACAUGUAUAGAUGUAUCAAUAGUGUUGUCACAAAGUCAUGUUAUAUUGUUUCGACAGAGAAGUUAUCAUUAGUUAGUAAUUCUUAAAUCAUUUUGAAACU